AUAUGGUAUCAAAGUCAUCAUUCGAUCAAACAAUUGAAUGAAACGCAGCAUUCAUCAUAUCCCAUAAAAAAUGUCCGAUAAAACUCCUCAAACGGGCAGUUCCAUAAACAUAGAGGAAUCUGACCCGAAAAAUCAGCCGAUCAAUCUUGCACAAAUUCUGGAAAUUCUUCAAAAUUUUCAGAAUUUGGCACCCAAGGCCGAACCUAUCGAGAGCUCUUCCAAUCAGCUAUUAAAUAUGGCGGAAAAGCUCAACGAUAGGAACUACGCCAUUUGGGCGCGCAAAAUGAGUCUGGCGUUGGAUGGGAGAGGGCGGCUCAAGCACAUCCUUGCCACACCUCUCAAAUCAGAUGACCCGAAAUUUAUUAAAUGGAGACAAGCAGAUUCAACGGUUAUAACAUGGAUUCUAGAAAACAUAGAAUCAGAUAUUGUCAAUCAAUAUAUCGAUUAUCCAACUGCUUGGGAUCUGUGGAAGGGAAUCGAAGCCACUUACGGCUCCGGGAAAGAUCCCUUGCAGGUAUACAACUUGAUGGUGAAAGCUAGCAGCAUCAAACAAGGAGACCAGACACUAGAGAAGGUCUACAACCAAUUGCAAGCUGUGUGGAAGGAAAUCGACAGGAGGCGACCCAACCCGAUGAAAUGCCCGGAGGAUAUGACGAUUUUCACACAAAUUCAACAACAAAAUCGUUUGUAUCAAUUUUUACAAGCCAUAAACGAAGAGUUUGAUGUAGAAAAACGUGAUAUUCUCAAAACAGAUCCUCUCCCCUCCGUAGAAGAGGCAUACGCCCAAAUCAGGAGGGAGGCUACCAGGAAAGGAAUAAUGAAGGGAGACAAUGGACCUUCAUCGGGAGAUCCCUCAGGUCUUGGCAGUGGAUUCGCAGCCACACGGGCUGGAUUGCGAUCGGAAAAGGAAAAAAAACCUGAUUGGUGGCCUGACAGCCGAAAGAGGGGGAAGAAGCUACCUGGGGUCGCUGGGGCAGUGGUGGGCAAUCAAGAGACCACCAGCACCACCGUCGUCCAAGCGUCUGAAAACUUCGCCGGAAUCGCCAUGGGUAACGUCGAAGAAGAGAGCAGCGGCGUAAGAAGGAGAGGCGAAGAAGUUACGGGUAGGGAUAUUCGGACGGGGAAGAUCAUUGGGCGUGGUUCUGAGCGUAAUGGCCUGUACUAUGUUGAGGAAUUUGAUCAUUACGGAACUGUUACGCUUGCUCAUGGGACAGUGGACAGGCAGGCAUGUAGUCAGGGAGAGAAAAUUACGAAUGACUCUCUAGAGUGGUUACACAACCCAGUCUUGCCGCCUGAAACUGUCCCAACCGAGGAAGUAAGUCACUCCGUGAGAUCAUCUUCUGAGAACAUUGAACAGUCCAACAACUCUGAACUCAUGUCUGAUUCUACUCCGUCUGACAAAACUCCUGAGGUUAGUACUUUCCCCACUCCUGAUGAUUGCAUUGAUAAAUCUAAUGAUACCGUGGAAGAAUUGAAUAUAUCAAACAGAUAUGUUCUCCCACCACGGAAGAAUCGGGGAAUUCCUCCUGUCAGAUAUGAACCAGAAUACAUCCCUCGGAAUUCAAGAUAUCCUGUUGCUGAUUUGGUUGAGGUGUUACAUAUUUGUCUAUGGUGGGACUAGUAACUUUAAGGCAGUAAUGGAUGACUCUAAAGAACCCUCGAGCUUGUUCCCACAUGGAGGCGCCAUCACAAGGAUAAGUUCUUCACUUAUUUAUGAAAGUUGUUUCUAAAUCCACUCCUCAUUUGGCUAUAUCCACUCCUUUUCAUACUCUCUCCGUCCCCCAGUUUUUGUCCACGUUUGACUUUUGGAAUUGUUCAUCUAAGUACUUUGACUCAUCAAAUUCUCUCAAUGUGUAAGCCUAAAUAUAGUCAUGUGUGAUCUUGUUUGAUUUGUCUUAACAUAUAGAUUAUUAAUAUAUAAUUUCUAUAAUUUUUUAAUAUACAAAUUACAAGAUAAAAUGGAUUAAAGAAGUGCAUUGGAU